AAUCGAAUGUUUACACAAUCACUGAGUUAUAGUACUUAAUUUCAUUGCGCUCCCCACCGCCCACCUUUCACUGUGUAAUUACGCUGUGUAGUUUAUUUCAGGCUCAAGGUUAAUUGCUGUACUGUUUAUCCAUCGUUUAGUGAAACUCUAAUCAAGGUCUUGCCUAAAAUGAUGUGCAACUCUAAUUGUGAAGUACUGCCUGCAAUCGCAGUUCAAUAUGGGAAGAGAGAAUGGCGCCAAGUGAAAGUACAUUUGUUGUGAUGGUACCCCUGCACAGAAUGAUGAAUUACAUAUUUCUAUUUACUGCUGUACUGUUGACAUCCCUGGAUGCAGCGGUUUCACAGUAUGACUCUGGUGUAGAGAAUGAACUGUCAGAUACACAGGCAGAGAAAGAACAGUACGGUGAUUAUACAGAACUUGGGAACCAUCAUACUUCCCCUGAAAGAGGAUCACCAUGGCGACAUUCUCCCUACCCACAGAAAAUACUUGAUUCACAGCUGCAAGGAUCAGAGUCUCAGAACACCUUGGCACACUCAUCACUGAGUGAUUCUUCAACAGCAAAAAGUCUAUACAAAUUAGUGCCUGACUGGCCAGAUCCAAGUAAACACGUGGGGCAGCUUUCUGCUGUGAGCAUUGACACAGAUGGCAAUAUUGUUGUCUUCCAUAGAGGAGAUCGGACAUGGGGUUCACAGACAUUCCUGCUUGACAACACAUUCAGUGAAAUUUCUCUAGGCCCAAUAAAGCAGUCAGCAGUCAUUGUUUUCAACGCAACGACUGGUCAUGUUCUGUAUGAAUGGGGAAACAACAUAUUUUAUCUUCCACAUGGCCUAACAGUGGAUUCUGAGAAUAAUGUAUGGGUAACAGACGUAGCUCUGCAUCAAGUAUUUAUGUUCAAAAGGAAUCAAUGGAAGAAACCAGCUUUAAUUCUUGGCACAAAAUUUGUGCCAGGAAAUGAUGAUACACAUUUUUGCAAGCCUACAGAUGUUGCUAUAUUGUCCAAUGGAGACUUUUUUGUUUCUGAUGGUUAUUGUAACAGCCGAAUUAUUAAAUUCGAUACCAGUGGGCAAAAACUUAUGGAAUGGGGCCGUAAUAUACUGCAAGGUUCUUUGGAUGGCAUAGGCUUGACAGCAUAUACUUUCAGUUUGCCCCACGCACUUGCAGUAGCUGAAGAAAAGGAAACACUUUUCCUUGCUGAUCGUGAAAAUGGACGUAUUCUCAGUUUCAACAUCACAUCUGGAUACUUUUUAUAUGAAAUACAGUCUCCUGAUAUGGGUCACAAACUGUUUAGUGUUGCCUACUCUCCAUCACAAGGAGGACAGCUUUAUGUCGUCAAUGGACCGAACAUGCAACGAAACAAUCAAAUUGGAGGGUUUCAAAUAAGUCUAACAGUACCUAAACCUAUUACAAAAUUUACAGGGUCUCUUUCAUUAAAGAACCCUCAUGACAUUGCAGUAACUGCAGAUGGACAUGAAGUAUACAUCGUCGAGCUAAAUCCAUUUAAAAUAUGGAAAUUUUAUGAUGGUAAUAAGACAGUGGCAGCACAUACAAUAGGGAAAACUGUGGUCAACAGUGAAGAGCAUAAUUCCUCGAAUAAGCAACACAGUGAAGUAUCUAACCCUCAGCCACGAAAUUCCAUAACAGAAACUGUAACAGAAACAUCUGGUACAAUGGACAAACAUUUGGGAUCAGUAGCAAUGGCUGUCAGCAUAGUGCUUGCCGUGGCUGUUGUUGUUAGUAUUGUUAUAAUAGCAGCAGUAACACGUAUGAGGAAACGAGGUGGGUCAAGAGACUUUGAUUCUUUAGGACAUGAAUAUAGUAAGCUUGUAAAUUAAGAAAAGCAUGGUAGAUUGUCCAGCAGUAUUUUACUUUGUUGCUUGUCUGUUAUGAAAUGUAUGUAACGAAUAGUUCUGUAACUUGUAAAUAGUAGCCGUACUCCAUAUGUGCAUGUAGUUCUGAAUAUGUCCAAGAGAAUGAAAAGUUUAGCGAAAGUGACUCAUAUAAUGUAAAAAGUAAAGUGAAUUGCUUUAGUUGUAGCAUUGUUUUAAUGUUUUUAUUUGCAUAACUAAAAUAGCAAAUUACUUUUGUCUUUAAUAAUAAAUCUGAAACUGUACUUUGAUCAAUGAUGUAAAUGUUUUGAUAAUAAAUUCUUUCAUGUACUGAAA